AGCUAAACUAUCCAUCAAAAGCCACCCCAAAUCCCUCCUGCCUCUCUCUUCAUUUUCUCUCUCUUGUGGGAGGAGGAAAAUAUAGCCAACAGCUUUCUCUCCAUCCAAACACGCGAUAGAAAAUGUCUCAUAUAGUGUUCCAAGCGUCUCCACUUCCCAAAACGUUGUUGUUAAAGCCUAGUCUACCGCCUCCGGCUCAUCCUUUAUCCGGUAAGCUCAAGAAGAAUCUGACGGUGAUAUGUUCGUCUUCUUCUUUAAUCGACGGCUUGGAUUCCUCGGUCGCUGCUCUCGAGCGUUGUUUCUCGGCACCGCCCUCUCCGGUGGAGCUCGGUUCUUCGGGUUCGGGUGAGGUGGGGCCGCUUAUGAAGGGAGGACAGUACGGCGCGUUUGGUGCUGUCACUUUGGAGAAAGGGAAGCUUGAUUUAUCUCAGAAGCGGACCACGUCUAGCCCUGAGCUUGCAACGGGGGGAGGUGGUGGAGAUAUUGGAAAGAAAAUUAAUCAUGGAGGUGGGGAUGGAGGCGAUGACGAUGGAGAUGAUGAUGAUUAUUUUGAUGACUUUGAUGAUGAUGGGGAGGGAGACGAGGGUGGACUCUUUAGAAGGCGGAUGUUUCUGGAAGAGCUUUUUGAUCGAAAAUUUGUAGAUGCUGUAUUGAAUGAGUGGCACAAGACAAUGAUGGACUUGCCUGCUGGCUUCCGACAAGCUUAUGAAAUGGGAUUGGUCAGUUCAGCACAAAUGGUAAAGUUCUUAGCAAUUAAUGCCAGACCAACCACCAGUAGAUUUAUUUCUCGAACACUCCCACAAGGAAUGUCUCGGGCAUUUAUUGGCAGGAUGCUGGCAGAUCCUGCCUUUUUAUACAGGCUUCUUUUAGAGGAGGUUGCUACAAUUGGUUCUUCUGUUUGGUGGGAGGUGAAGAAUCGAAAGGAUAGGAUUAAGCAAGAAUGGGAUCUGGCUUUAAUGAAUGUUCUUACUGUAGCAGCUUGCAAUGCUCUUGUAGUUUGGUCACUUGCUCCGUGUCGUUCUUAUGGCAACACCUUCCAGUUUGACUUGCAAAACACAUUGCAGAAGCUUCCAAACAAUAUAUUUGAACGGAGUUACCCGCUUAGAGAAUUCAACUUGCAAAAGAGAAUCCAUUCUCUUUUCUACAAGGCUGCAGAGUUGAGUAUUGUUGGAUUAGCUGCUGGAGCAGUGCAAGGCUCUUUGUCAAAUUUUCUAGCCAGCAAAAAGAAGGAAAAGGUAUCUGUGACAAUUCCGUCUGUGAGUGCCAAUGCACUUGGUUACGGGGCUUUCCUUGGACUCUAUGCAAACCUUAGAUAUCAGCUUUUAUGUGGAUUUGAUCAAGCAGUGGUCAACCAUUUUGAUGUCAUUGGUGUAGCGUUGUUCUUCAGCACUGCUUUAAGGGUUUUGAAUGUCCAAUUAGGAGAGAGAUCGAGGCUGGCUUGGCUAGGUGUUGAGGUGGAUCCACUCAUUCAGUCGGAUGACCUCUUGAAGGCUUACAACAGACCUUCUGAGGAUGGCACCAAGUCAUCUUCUAAAUGGUUUAUAUCCAAGAACGCCAUUGUUUCCGGUCUUGGACUUCUUGGCAUCAGACAAGGAAAUGCUGAAUCGGUUGCUGACGGGGAAACUGGAGCUCCAAAGGCCCGGAGAAAGAGGAUUGUCCGGAAGAAGGUAACCGCAAGCUCUACAUAGUUAGUUGACAUAAAUAUCAUUCCAGUUUUGCUACUUGAAGAAAGAAUCUCCACAAGGUGUGGACUCGCAACGAUAUCUGUCUACUGCUCUGAUUAGCGGUUAAAGAAAUCCACAUCUCACCAUCUUUAUUAAAGAGUAGCUUGUAGAUUGGUUUUGGGGAAGAGUUCUUGACUGCUUGUAUUCGUUUCUAUUAAAUGUUAAAUAUUUUAUUAUAU